AUGAUUCCAGCCCAUAUGGGAGAACAUGGUCCUAUUCCUCCACCAGGACAUCUUCACGAUGCCGAAGUAUCCAAGAAGAAAUCAACUUCUGGCAAGAGGGGACCGCCCUCGGCUAGGCCACCAGGUUAUGGUCCACCAGCAAUUUCUCCCUCAGCUUUCUUCCGCUCGAAACGACAGAAGAGAAGGGGGAGAAGAGUGCGACCUCUAAGGAUGCGCCAUAUGGUUAAACAAUGA